CGUUUCUUGCUUCUGCUUGAUGUUUACACCUUAUUUUUCUGUUUCCUUUUGCAUGUUUUCUCGGCUGGAUUGCAACAGAGAAGAAGAAAAUGAGAUCAAGACUGAAACCGUGCAGAAGGCUGGCUUUAUCAAAGGCCCGGUGUUCAAAGGUGUUGCUUCCAGUCGCUUUUUGCCCAAAGGCACCAAAACGAAGGUUAACCUAGAGGAGCAAGGAAGACAAAAGGUGUCUUUCAGCUUUAGUUCAACCAAGAAACCCUUGACAAAUAGGUUUCUGUCUGGUCUCGGAAAUGAGAAACAAAAUGAAACUCAGAACUCCCCAGCAGCACCCCAUCAAACUGACUUUAACCCCAAAAUUAAAAUGGUCCUUGGGGAUGCUUCUGGUCCAGCUGAAGAAUCUUCACCUCCAAAACCGAAGGUAGAGCUAGGGAAGACCCAUUUUAAGAAACCUUUGCUUAACGUUACAGCAAAACCGCUUCUAGCUGCUGCUGCAGCAGCAACGCUACCACCACCGCCGCCGCCGCCGGCUGUGGCACCAGUGACAGAACUGGUGGCAGUGGCCGCAGAAUUUCCGUCAACACCACCACCUCCACCUCUGCUGACAGUGUCAUCACCAGCAUCCAUACCAGUUCCUGCCACAGCAGCCGUGCCACAACUGCCAGUGACAUUGCUGUCGACACUGUUGCUGUCGCCACCUGUAGAAACUGAAGUCCCCGCUUCAAAGGAGCCAUGUCGUGCAGUACCUAAGGAAGCUUUGGAACUGAAUGUUAGACAGGAUGCUGUAUCACACAGUUCUGAGGAACAUGUAACUCAAAAUGCGCUUGAGCAGACGGAAAUAACUCCACAGAAGGAAGAUUCCCAUAUUGGGAAAGAGGAUGAAGUUUCAGACAGCUCGAAGGGUGCUUCCCUGUGCUCUAGGAAACAGGGUUCGAAGAGGAAGUUCUCCCAGUCUGAUGGCACCUUCCUGGGUUCCGAAUCUGAUGAGGAUUCUGUGAGGACUUCUUCCAGCCAGCGGUCACAUGAGCUAAAAAUAUCAAGCACAGAAAAAGAGAGAGAUGCCAGAAGAAGUUCUACAUCUCUCAGAGGUGAAGAACUAUUGAAGUCUUCCUCACGAUCUAAGUCGGACAGAGAUGAAAAAUAUUCUAGUUAUUCAAAAUCAGAAAGAGAUUCGCGGUAUAGUUCCUCCCGAUCUAGAUCAGACAGAGAAAGAAGGCGGAGCCGGUCUCGUUCUCGUUCCCGAUCUGAUCGGAGCUCUAGAACCAGCUCUUCCUAUUCGAGGUCAGAGCGCUCGCAUUACUAUGAAUCCGACCGGAGAUACCAUCGGAGCUCCCCUUACAGAGAAAGGACAAGAUAUUCUCGCUCAUAUGCAGAUAACAGGGCGCGAGAAAGUUCUGAUUCAGAAGAUGAAUACAGGAGGACACAUUCCAGAUCGAGUGACUCCAGGCGGACGUCAUCCCAUUCUUCCUCAUACAGAGAUUCUAGGACUUCUUACUCUAAAUCGGACAGGGACAGCAAAAUAGAGUCAUCUCAUGCUGAAAUGGAGAGGAGAGGAAAGUCUUCUUCAAAAGCAGAUAGAGAUUCAAAAAGGACUUCCGAAAGUGAAGUUACCAAAAGGUGCUCUCCCCUUGAUGAGCUAGGGUAUCGAAAGGGGACAUCCCAUUCUAAACCUGACAGUAAUGUGAAUUCUUCCCGUUAUAAGUCCACCCCUUCAAAGACCCCUGCACCAAAGUCUGAUAAAUUUAAAAGUUCUUUCUGUUGUACAGAAUCAAUUGAAGAAAUAAAGCAGCAGUCUAAUUCUCUAGAUUUAGAGACCUCUUGUCUAAAAAGCAGUGAAAUGAGAAUGUCCGUUGCAAAAAAAUUUGAAAGGGAAAAGACACUUUCUCCAUUAAAUCAAUUAAAUGAGUCACCCACUUUUAAAAAGAUAGAUGAGUCAAAAGUAGGUUUUUCUAACUCAAAAUCUGAUGAACUUACAGGAAAUGAAUGCCAUGACAGUGUUAAGGAACAAGAAACUUUAAUAAAGCAUGACCAGUUAAGAACUUGUUUCCCUAUGGAGUUGAAUAUAAAUGGGUCCCCGGAAGGUAGGUCUGACGAAUUGGCUGCUUUCAGUGCCUCCAAAACGGAGGUUGUGGCAGCGUCUUCUGACGAUAGUCUGUGUAGGUCAGAAGCAUCACCUGUACUAAAAACGAGUAAGUUGUAUGCGUUGCCAUCUAAUGGAUUUGAAAGCGUGUGUGCAUCUAGAGAACAAGAGCUAGAUGAUUCUCAUGUGCAGUCCAGUGAGUGUAACAGUUUGUUUAAAGAAACGGAGGCUCCAGUUGCAGAGCAGCAAGGGGAAGCUGUGUCUUUGCCUGUCGUGAAUGUAGAUCAUUCAAAAACUUUACUUAAGAAGCUGGAUGAUCAGGCCACUCCGUGUGACAAAACCAAAGAAUCAGUUUUUUGCUACAUUUCAGAUGAUGCUACCCCGUCUUUGUGUCAUUCAGAAGUUGAAAUUGAAGUUGAACCAGCACAUUUAAAAGUUACUUCAGAAACUUUUCUGGACAUUCAGGUAGAACCACAAACAGUUACAUGCGAUUAUGAAAGCAUGGAGGAUCAAAACUUAAAGUCUACAUGUGAAGAUGAGCAGUAUCAUAUUAAUCCUUCCCAUAAAAUUAGCUUAACUGUGGAUAGCUCAAGCAGAGAUUCCUCCCAGGAUGAGUAUUCCCUGAGAGUCAAAUUAGACAAUCCCAUCAUUUCACAGCAGCUGGACGAAAUUGUCACUUCCAAGUGGGAUAGCGCCCAGCUGGAUAAAGGUGAGAAGCUGCUGCAGCUUUCUGAAACUGAAGAGAUGCAGGAAUUAGAUAGUCAGCACGUCGAUCUUCAUUUAGCAAAAGGAAAAUCAUCGUUUCAAGAUGAACACUCGUAUUAUUCAGAAGUACCUCUGGAACACCGGAGCAGAGAGAAAGCAGCAGCAGAAAGUGCUGUUUCUACGGAAGGAAUUGGGUCCGAUGAUCAGUGUCUUGGAUUAUCAGCUGAGAGGGAUGAAGAAAAUGAGUCCUUGGUGGCUUCUGCUUUUUCAGAAGCUUUGUUUCCAUCCUGUGAUGUUGUUGUCACGGCAGAAGAAACAGAAACUGUAACUCAAGCCCCGACGUGUGAUAGCAGCGGAAAUGCUUCCGAAUUUGUUCCCACUCGCAAUGAUGACUAUUCGGACACGGCUGAAAGUGACAGUGAUCCGGGCAGUGAAGAAAGCGACACAGAAGACUCUGAUUCUGACGACGGCAUGCCGCGGAAACGGCUCCAGUCCAUCGUGGUGGUGCCAAAAAACUCAACCAUCCCGAUGGAGGAAAGCAGCCCGUGCUCGUCUCGGAGCAGCCAAGGGACUAGGCGCUACUCUGACCACUGGGAUGAUGAGAGACCGGAGUCCAGCAGGCCUUAUUAUGAGGAGAGGUCAGAGAAUCUGGCAAGUAAAAAUGGGCCACAAAUGGAGAGCAGAUGUUCCCCUAGAGGAAUGGACAAGAGUCCGGCAACAUCUACUGAGCUUAGCAGAAAGGAAAUGGAAGAGCUGCGCCCGGAUGCUUCCCAGCCUCAGAGUGAUGGUGUUGACAGUACGAGUCAGGCAGAGUUGACGGCAGAUUCCAUCAGCAAAUCCAAUCUGGAGCAGAGAAUGAUACUGAAGGAGCUGGUCUCCACGGGUAGACCAGUUGGCCAGCAGGAAGCGCAGAUGUUUUGUCUGCCUGAGAGUUUUGAAGGUGCUGAUAAAUCUCAACACCAAACAAAUUCUUCCAAGCCAGACAGUAGGCAAGGGAAGGGUGGGCUUAAUCAGUCUGGCCUUGGAGACUUUUCCAGGGUGGACGGUUUUCAUACGACAGAGGAUUUGGGUGGUCUGGGCUGGGACUUUUCCCAGCCGGAGAAGCCCAGUAGUACAUAUCAGCAGCCUGAUAGCAGUUUUGGAGUCUACUCGGGUUAUGUUUACCAGCCCGGUUCGGGAGUGUACAGUGGCUCUCAGAGUUACUGGCAAGGCAAUGGUUAUUGGGAUGCCAGAUCUGCUAGCCGGCCGUCUGGAAUGACUUAUGAACGAGUUCAGGGACAAGUACCAGAUUCCUUGACGGAGGAUCAUGAGGAGUACGAAGAGGAUGACCGCUGGGAUGAUGACUGUAAGGCUCAUUUUCCCAGCCAGUCGAGCAAAUUUCAUGUUCCUGAACAGAAAGAAAAAGGUUCUGUGCAGGCACAUGAGAUCAGCAGCAAUUCCACCAAGGAGCCCGUAUCCAUUGGUGAGAAGAAGGAGGAGGUGAAGGUUUUGGAAAAGAAUGAUGUGAAAGAGCGAGGACCACCCAAAAAAAGACGCCAGGAGUUGGAAAGUGACUCUGAGAGUGAUGGAGACUCAAGAGAGAGGAAGAAAGUAAAAAUGGAGGGGGAGCAAGUCGACUCAUUGCCGCAGGAUUCCUCCAUGGUUGGUCGGUUGUGUAUUAUGGAAGACUUCAGAGACCCGCAGCGCUGGAAGGAGUUUGCCAAGCAAGGAAAAAUGCCCUGCUACUUCGACCUUAUUGAGGAAAACGUGUACUUGACAGAAAGGAAGAAGAACAAAUCUCACCGGGAUAUUAAGCGAAUGCUGUGUGAAUGCCCUCCUCUUUCCAAAGAAGAACGAGCUCAGGGGGAGGUUGCUUGUGGCGAAGACUGUCUCAAUCGCCUGCUUAUGAUAGAGUGUUCUUCCAGGUGCCCAAAUGGCGACUACUGUUCCAACAGACGGUUCCAGAAGAAACAGCAUGCAGAUGUUGAAGUGAUCCUCACUGAGAAGAAAGGUUGGGGGCUCAGAGCUGCCAAAGAUCUCCCAUCGAACACUUUUGUGUUGGAGUAUUGUGGAGAAGUGCUGGACCACAAAGAAUUCAAGGCCCGGGUGAAGGAGUACGCUCGGAACAAGAACAUUCAUUAUUACUUCAUGGCCCUGAAAAACGAUGAGAUAAUAGAUGCUACCCAGAAAGGAAACUGCUCUCGUUUUAUGAACCACAGCUGUGAACCAAACUGCGAGACACAAAAGUGGACUGUGAACGGACAGCUCAGAGUUGGAUUUUUCACCACCAAAUUAGUCCCGUCUGGCUCAGAGCUGACGUUUGACUACCAGUUUCAGAGAUACGGCAAGGAAGCUCAGAAGUGCUUCUGUGGCUCGGCUAACUGCCGAGGUUACCUUGGAGGAGAGAACAGGGUCAGCAUCCGAGCUGCAGGAGGCAAAAUGAAAAAGGAGCGCUCCCGCAAGAAAGACUCGGUGGAUGGAGAACUGGAAGCACUGCUGGAGAAUGGAGAGGGCCUCUCGGAUAAGAACCAGGUUCUCAGUUUAUCCCGCUUGAUGGUUCGGAUCGAGACUCUGGAGCAGAAGCUUACCUGCCUCAAGCUCAUUCAGAACACGCACUCGCAGUCCUGCCUGAAGUCCUUCCUCGAGUGUCAUGGCUUGUCCCUCCUCUGGAUUUGGAUGACGGAGCUGGGCGAUGGGAGGGGAAGCACCGCUAACAACCUGAAGCUGCAGCUGGAGAUUAUGAAGACGCUUGAGCUCCUGCCUAUACCUAAUAAGAACAUGUUGGAGGAGAGCAAAGUGCUUGGGAUUAUUCAGCGCUGGGCUCAGACCAAGACCGCUGUCCCGCAGCUCAGUGAGGGCGAUGGCUACUCGAGCGAGAAUACGUCGCGGGCUCAUACGCCGCUUAACACACCAGAUCUUUCCACCAAGCAGAGUGCAGAAGGUGACACGGAUACCCCCAAGAAGCUGGUGUUUCGAAGGCUCAAAAUUAUCAGUGAAAACAGCAUGGACAGUGCAAUCUCAGAUACAACCAGCGAGCUGGAAGGAAAAGAAGGCAAAGAGGACCUGGACCAGCUGGAGGGUGCCACCACGGAGGGAUCAGAGGAGCAGCCCCAGCAGCCGGAGAUUAAAGCUGCCAUUGACAUUCCGGUGGAGAGCAGCAAGCCCCAGGCACUGGAGCUGGAGGCUGAGCCUGAAGCUGAGGUCAAAGAGAGCAAUGGUGUAAAGCUGGAAGAGCCCAUUACCAUGGAAACGCCAUCUCAAGAUGAAGAGGAAGGCGUCUCUGACGUUGAGAGCGAGAGAAGCCAAGAGCAAACUGACAAAAUUGUGGAUGUGAGCGAUUUGGCUACCAGGCUGCUUGAUGUCUGGAAAGACCUGAAGGAGGUGUACCGAAUCCCGAAGAAGAGUCAAGCAGAAAAGGAGAACAGCGCGGACCGCGGGAGGGAGGCAGCAGGCCACAGGGAUCAGACCCCUACUCCCAAGAAUCCCGUCCUGAGCCGCGAGCGCGAGCCCGAGAGGCAGAGCCAGAGCAAAGAGAAGAAGAGGCGGCGAGAUUCGUUGUCGCCGCCGUCUUCGGCGUACGAGCGGGGAACGAAGAGGCCAGAAGACAGGUAUGACACGCCAGCUUCUUCGAAGAAGAAAGUCCGGCUUAAAGAUCGCAACAAGCUGUCCACCGAGGAGCGGCGGAAGCUCUUUGAGCAGGAGGUGGCCCAGCGGGAGGCUCAGAAGCAGCAGCAGCAGCUGCAGAACCUGGGCAUGGCGUCCCCCCUUCCGUACGACUCCAUGGGCUACGGCACGCCCCACCACAGCUUCAUCGGCUACCCGCCCGGCUACCCCAUGCAGGCCUACGUGGACCCCAGCAACCCCAACGCCGGCAAGGUGCUGCUGCCCACGCCGAGCAUGGAUUCGAUGUGCUCGCCGGCGGCCUACGAGCACCCGCAGACUUUGGUUGGGCACACGGUGGAGCCAACCUUAACAACACCCCAGCCUGUACCAGUAGUCCAACAUGUAGCAACGACGAUGGAGGUUACAACUCCGCAGUAUGUAGCACAAAGCGACACCGUAGUCCAUCAGGAACCGAACGUGGCCGUCUUGCCCGUGCCAGCCCCGGGGCCGGUGCAGGGCCAGAGCUACGGGGUCUGGGACUCCAGCCAGCAGACUGUCGCUGUACAACAGCAGUACUCGCCAGCCCAGUCCCAGCCAGCCAUAUAUUACCAGGGACAGACCUGUCAGACUGUUUAUGGUGUGACGUCCCCUUACUCGCAGACGACCCCACCAAUCGUACAGAGUUAUGCACAGCCAGGUCUUCAGUACAUCCAGGGCCAGCAGAUUUACACAGCUCAUCCGCAGGGAGUAAUAGUGCAGCCACCGACAGCAGUGACGACUAUUGUAGCAGCCGGGCAGCCUCAGCCCAUCCAGCAGCCAGAGCUUGUGGUGACCAAUAACCUCCUGGACUUGCCACCACCAUCCCCUCCAAAACCCAAAACGAUCGUCCUCCCACCCAACUGGAAAACAGCCCGAGAUCCAGAGGGAAAGAUCUACUAUUACCACGUGAUAACAAGGCAAACCCAGUGGGAUCCACCUACCUGGGACAGCCCCGGAGACGACGCUAGCCUGGAACAUGAAGCUGAAAUGGACCUGGGGACCCCAACGUACGAUGAGAAUCCGAUGAAGUCUUCCAAAAAGCCCAAAACGGCGGAAGCGGACACGUCGAGCGAGCUGGCGAAGAAGAGCAAAGAGGUCUUCAGGAAAGAAAUGUCGCAGUUCAUCGUGCAGUGCCUGAACCCCUACCGCAAGCCCGACUGCAAGGUGGGAAGGAUCACCACCACGGAGGACUUCAAGCACUUGGCGCGCAAGCUCACCCACGGCGUCAUGAACAAGGAGCUGAAAUACUGCAAGAACCCCGAGGACCUGGAGUGCAACGAGAACGUGAAGCACAAAACGAAGGAGUACAUCAAGAAGUACAUGCAGAAAUUUGGGGUCAUCUACAAACCCAAAGAGGACACGGACUUGGAGUAACCCUCCCGGCGGCCGCGAGGACCGAGCCCUCCGGCGGCGGCGGCCGAAUCCUGCCCCGCGCCCCGGCGGACGCCACCAACCUGUGAAUUUGGCCGGGGCCGCGGGCGCUCGGCCGAGGAGCGGGGCCGGGCCGCGGGCGCCGGCGGUGCUGCGGGACGCGCUCGUCCCCUCCCGCCUCCCCCAGAUCUGUAUUAUAUUUUAACGUAUAUGUGAAUAUAUUGAUAACUUUUUUUGGUUUUUUUUUCCGUUUCGUUUUGUUGUUUUCUGCUUUUAGCCCAACACCGGUAUCACGGGAACACUUUGUAAGGAUAGUUUCGGUUUUCCGUAUUUUUUUUCCCCCUUUCCCUCCCCGUUUUUGUUUUCGUUCUGCAAGGUUUAAUCUGUUAUCAUGUAAAUAUUCAGGAACGGGCUGCCCCUGGAUUUCCGGCAGGCCUUGUGCUAUGUUGAUAAGAUUGAUUUUACUGCUUAAAUCAUUUUACUUUAUCCAAUUUUUACUGGAACUUUUUAUGUAAAAAAAAAAAAAACUGAAAAAAAAAAUAAUAAAAUGAAAUCGAGACAG